GGGAACAUCAAAUGCGAGGGUGUCCGUUUCCGCUAUUGCUCUUUGCCUGGGAUCCUGGAGGCUUUGCAUUUGAACGUGGGGUAGGAGAACGGAGCUCGUCUGUUUCUGAAGAACGAACCCGGGGUUGAUAUCAGCUUCUCAUUUGUUCUGUCAAUCGGGGUACAUGUCGCGGGAGUGAGUAAGAAAAGGGGGACCCUGAAGCUGGUCGUUGCGUUGGUUCGGCCCUGGAGGAUUCCCUCUCUGCAGCUGGAAUAAAAGAUGUGCAAUGGAAUGGUAGCGUCAGAAAGCAAAGCCUCGGGCCCCGCCUCUCCUGCUGACAGCCUGCCCCUGUGCCUGCUGCUCCUGCUGGCCACGCUCUCCACGGGACACGCUUCAGCAUGCCCGAGGCCGACCGGCGUGCAGCACAGCUGGGUCAACCUGACCGAGACCAGCCGGGGCUCCUACCCCCCGGGCACGGUGCUGCAGUACAGCUGCGACCCGGGCUUCAUGCUGGAUGGGCCCAGCACCAUCACCUGCACCGGCUUGGGACGCUGGUCAUCUGACCCGCCCCACUGCAUACGGGCUGAUGUCUGUCGGCCGCCCUUCGAGCCUGAGAACGGUGGAUACACCUGCCACCCGUCCCCCUGCCACCGGCUCACGCAGGGCACUGUGAUAGAGUACUUCUGUGACGAGGGCUACGUACUGAAGGGGGACUACAAAUACCUCACCUGUCAGAACGGGGAGUGGGACUCCCCCAUGCAGAUCAGCUGCCACCCCGGCCAAGAGAGGGACCCGCCCUCGCCCCUGGGCAUGCCCACGCUCUCCAUCGUGGCGUCCACCGCCAGCUCGGUGGCCCUCGUCCUCCUCCUGGUCGUCCUGUUUGUACUGCUGCAGCCCAAGCUCAAGACCUUCCAUCACAGCAGGCGGGAGCAGGGUGUGUCCGGCCAGCCCGUGUCCAUCGUGGUGGAGGGGGUCCAGGUGUCCCUGCCCUCCUACGAGGAGGCGGUGUACGGCAGCGCGGGCGCCUCCGUGGCCCCGCCGGAGUCGCGCGUGCAGAUCGUGCUGUCGGAGGGGCCGCAGCCGGAGGGAGCGGAGGCCCGGGGCCCAGGAGAGCCGGGCCCGGCCGAGCGCAGCCUCCCCUCCACCUCCUCCCAGUCUGAGACGGUGCUGGUUCACCAGAUGCCCUCAUCUUCCUCCUGCUCCUCUUCCUCCUCCUCCUCGUCCUGGGUCCCCGAGCAGCCCGGCGCCGCUGGACCUCGUCCGGUCCGGCAGGAGUCGUACAGCAGCGACGAGCACUGCCUGCUGUCCCUGGCCUCCGCAGAGGACCUGGCUGACGAUAUUCCCUUAUUAAAGGAAGCCUGAGGCCUGCUUCAGCCGCCCUCCCUUGACCAAGCCCUCCUCAUCGCCGCCACCUCCGCCACUGUCCCAGACCGUGGCACAAGAAGCCUUUCUCUGAACCACCCAGCUGCAGCAGCCACGAAUGCAGGCGUGCCCCUUCACACAGACUGUCUCUCCACCACGAGGGCCGUUAAGAGGGUGUGGGCACAGUCAUUCCCAGGCCAGCCCACCCCCCACCACAGAAGGGUGCCCUCACCCAACAGACAUUGAGUGGAUUCACAUCGACGGUGUACAUACGUUUGUGUAUACUUACAAAGAUUUUUCUAUGUUUUCUUACAGUGUGUCCAGCGUCCCUUGAUAUGAGCUCUUUUAACCAGCAUCUAAAACAAGACACGGAGUUGUUAGGAACACACAACCCACACAAGGUUUUUUUUCUGAUACACAACAAAUUUUUAAAUCGUGAUGCGCCUAUAAAUACGAAAUAUUGUGAUUUUUUUUUUUUUCCUUAAAUGUUUUGAGAGCUGAGGCUUCUAUUCUCCUGCAGCACCUCCCUGCCCCCUUUUGUUGCAUGUUCUGAGUAUUUCUACGGAGCCGAGCGCUCCGAACACGCACAGCAGCACGCCAUCAAAGAUGCAUGAGGCUUGCAGACCUCCACGUCUGCUGGAACCACUAGUCACAUGCG